GCUGUAUUACUGGUCUGAUUCCGUCAUUAUUACAGGAAGACCCCUUGUAUUCUCAUUACCAACGCCUUCAUUGUGAACUUGCACCAGUUGAAGUUGAUUCCGAGGAAUUCUCUAUGGUCUCAAAGUAUGCACUGAAUACACAUGCGAAAACACAUUCAAAUUAUACAGUUGAUAUUGUUCAAAUAUUUAGGGUAUCAAGAAAGGGAGAAAAUGAGCGUUUCGAAAAGUUUUCUAACACAAAGAACAGGAAGCUCUUGUGGCAUGGUUCUCGGCUUACAAAUUGGACUGGCAUUCUCUCCCAAGGUCUACGCAUAGCUCCACCUGAAGCACCUGUAACAGGUUAUAUGUUUGGAAAGGGGGUCUACUUUGCUGAUAUGUUUUCAAAAAGUGCAAACUAUUGUUAUGCAUCUAAUGUCGCCUCAACUGGUGUUCUUCUUUUGUGUGAGGUAGUUCUUCACCUUACAAUGAAGGCUGCAAUUUUUAUUUUUUAUUUUUAAAAUUUUCUGGGAGUG